AUGGGAUGUUGCGGAGGCGAACGAGAAAAGUUCGGGAACUUGAGUGCUGAGCAGAAAUGGGACUACAUUAACCUUGAUGAUUUCAAAUCUUCCUCAUGCUGGACACCUUUUGCCUAUGGCUAUCUUCUGCUGAUGCUCGUUGUAUCAAUAUCCGUCUAUGCGGUAGACACAUUUACCGCCAUCAACCUCCUCGCUUUCGAUAGAUGGGCUGGUCAAAUAAAACCCGAGAUCCCACUCAACAUCUCUCGAUGGAUCUUUGCCGGAUGUAUCAUUCUAUCCUUCGUUCUACUCGUCUACCGAUGGAUGAGGGCAGUCAGAGUUAUGAAACAGGGCGGAGUCGCAAAAAACUACUUGGACCCUUUGGCUGUGCGGGUACAGUCGAUACGCUGGGGAAAGGCAAGGGGAUGGAAACGUUUCUUGGUCUUCGCCGAGUUGACAAAGAGUCGGAAAGGAGCUGACUACGUCGCCUUGUUCGCCUAUUUCUCUUUCGAAGCUUGGCUUCGUAUCGUCUUUGCGGAAGGGCCGCGACAAGUGGUCAACGCCAUAACGCUGUAUUCCGUGUUGAGGUUGAAGUUGGUCCCAGAGGGUCAAAAUGCUCCAUCGGAUGGCCACUCUCCGGUCGUCCAGUUCUUCGUCAAUGUUGGGAUCCUGGCCGAUUCCAAUCAUCUGCAGGCCGUCAUUCUAUUCGGCAUGCUGUGGACUCUGGUCAUCUGGGUCAUCUCGGUCAUCAGUCUCAUCAUUUCGGUCAUUCUCUACCUCGUCUUCCUCUGGCACCAUAUUCCUAGCGAGGAUGGAGGUCUGACCGGAUAUUGCCGUAACAAGAUUAAUCGACGGAUGGAGAGAGUUGUCAAGAUCAAGGUUGACAAGGCGCUGAAGAAAGAGAACGCACUGCGAGCUCGAGCAGAGGCUAGGGCGGCUCGUGAAGGAACAGAUAUCAAGAAGCAACCGACCCUGCCAAAUAUCGUCGAUGAGGACUCGCUUCCUCCGCUGUCAAGACAGACGACGAUGACAACCCUACCGGAGUACACCUCGCGACCAGCCACAAGCAGGAGCAGUGACGAUGCAGUUCCGACUCUACCUGAUAUUGCGCCUCGUCCACCUAUGCCUAGCCGAACGGUAACUCAUGGAUCCGCAGCGUCGUGGUCGAGCUACACCUCAAAUGCUCCUCUGAUGGGGUCUGCCGCGGAUAUGGGGUUUGCAGCCGAUCGAGUUCAGACCCCAGCAUCUGAUGCAAACAGCCCCUGGUACGGGAGGCAAGCGCCGAACCGCAGUAUAUCAAACUUGUCUCAACCUCCGCAGCGGUCCUUCAGUCCUGCGCUUCCACGACCGGGUACAGCACAGGGCGAUAGAAAUGGUCCUGGUGCAUACCAAAUGGAUCCUCUCUCACGACCAGGUACUAGCAUGUCCAGCAAUGGCAGGUCCAGAUAUCCUUUGGAAAACAGCAGCGCUCUUCCAUACCCUGACGAUCGAAGCUCGAACCCAUCGACUAAGCCACCAUCAUGGUCAGGGCCAAACUUCGACAGCCAAGUCGAUGCAUCAGGCCGUCGUACGCCUGGAGUUCCCGCUGGGCCAGCAUUUCCUGUCAUUUCCGAACAAAGAGGUCGGAACUCACCCUUGCCAGGACCUCAGUUCCGAUCACAAACUCCUACUCAAGGUUCUCUAGAAAGAGGCCGCAACUCACCCUUGCCGGGACCUCAAUUCCGAUCGCAAACUCCUAUUCAAGGUCCCCUAGAAAGGUCAUUCACGCCCAACGGUGCAGGUCCAAUGAGGGCCGUGACACCAAUUGCAGCUCCCACGUUGCCUCGACUACAGACAUCAAGUUCUGCUGGUUAUAUUCCUUAUUCGGCAGAGCGAUCAAUGACUCCGGUGUCUUCAAUCCCCCCCAGUGCCACCAUUCGUAGUGUUACCGAACCAACGAGGGCAUACACGCCUUUUGGAUCACAGCCAGGUCUCCCCACUGGUCCACGAGAUAAGCCACUUCCACAGAGGCAGGGAAGUCAGGGAGUCGACGACAUAUUGGACCAUUAUUAA